AUGUCGCCGACUAAAGCCAACGGAAGCGAGACGAGGACAGCGCUCGACGCGCUGAGGGAGUCGGGAAUUGUGAUAGCGGCGGAUGGGGCUGAAUACUAUCGCAUCCCAGAAUUUUCACCAACAGAUGCUACAUCCAACCCUUCGCUCGUGUAUGCUGCGGUGAGCAAGGAGGGGUCGGAAUAUAGGUGGCUGUUGGAAGAAGCAAUUCGACGGGCGGUCGAUGAACUGGCCGUGGACGGGGAGGGCAGCAUAGAGAAGAUUACGGAGAAGAUGAUGGAUUGGCUGCUCGUCCUCCUCGGCGCUGAGGUCCUCUCGCGCAUCCCAAGGCGCGUUUCGCUCUCGCUCGACCCCCGCCUAUUUCUGCCUGCUUUUCCGCCUCAUUCACCCCAAGAAGACGAUCGUUACCACAGCAUUCUGGCUCGGUGUCUCUCUCUACACGCACUCGCGGUGAAACAUCUUGGUUCUAAGCCCCGUAUCCUGCUCAAGCUCCCCGCUACACCGCUCGGCCUGCGCCUCGCAGCCACGCUGCAGUCCCAGCACGGGAUAGAGAGCAACAUGACCCUCAUAUUCGGCGCCGUCCAGGCAAGGGCAUGCGCCCAGGCGGGGAUACGUGUGCUCUCACCGUUCGUCGGGCGGGUGAAGGACUGGUUCGACGCGAACCAUGGUCCAGCAGAAGUUAGGGAUCUAGCGGACCAUCCUGGGAUAAAGCUCGUGCGCGAGAUAAAGCAGAUGUACAAGGAGGAAGGGUACGAGGGACGGACACAGAUCAUGGCUGCGGGCUUUAGGAAGCCGGAGGAGGUGCUGGAGCUAGUGAGGACUCGAAGAGAGGGCGGGCCGGACUAUGUGACGUUGCCGCCGGAGCUGCUGGGCGGGCUGAAGGUGCUGCCUUACCCGUCUUUCUCUGCGCCCCCGUCGUCGUCGACGUCUUCAUCUACCGUGAAGGCGGACAGCCCCGUGUACUUCACACCCACCGGCCCAACACCCGAAUCCCUCUCACUCUUCCUCGCCGACCUCGAGAAGGAACGUAUCGCACUCGAUAAAGUGCCCGAAGGACUCUCCAAAUUCGGUGCUGACACCGAUAAGCUCGAGGUGCUCAUUCGGGAGCUCAUUUCCAAGGAGGUUUCCACGCUCCAACACCAGUAUGCGCAGAACGAGGUGGAAAGGCUCAUCGCGACGAAGAUGAAGGAAGAUCCAGCCCCAGCUCCAGCACCUACCAAGCAACCACCCACUGUCGCCCAAAAGACGUGCACGAGAGGGCUAAGAAGUGUGCAGGUCGCCUAG